CUACCACCACCAGGACGACGCCGCCGCGGAGCAAGUGGGCACAGUACUGCAGCAGCCUUUAGCCCUAGGCUACAUGGUGUCGACGGCGCCGCUGGGUGGGAUGCCGGCGUGGUGGUGGGCGGGCUGUGCCCACCUGCGAGACGCAUGUCCCGCCUUCCUGAAGAACGCACUGCAUUUGCACGCCGGAAGCCUCCAGUCCGAUGAAAUGUACUCGCUGUCUCUGCGGCACAACCACAACGGGCACCCGCUGGACUCGCAGACCACCACCGACGUGCUGAGAUACGUGCUGGAAGGCUACAACGCGCUAUCGUGGCUGGCGCUGGAUGGCAGCACGCACGACCGGCGCUCCUGCCUGCCGCUGCACGUGCAGGUGCUCAUGCAGCUCUACCACACCGCCGCCGCGCUCGGCUAGCCGCCUCCCACGUCGCCGCCGCCGCCGCCGGAAUAUAACACCGCGCCGGAAUAUAACACCGCGCCGGAAUAAGGAGCUGGCGCGCAAUUAACACAGCAAGCGCUACGGCUGCCUAGUGACCAUACUGGUUUCAAAAAAGGCUGUCAGUUGGCGUGCGCUGUGCCGUCAGCUCUACAGACAACACUACGACUGCCUGCCUCUGCAAUAAAGUGAUCUAUGGCUCCAAAUACUUGCCCAACAGAAAGCGGCGACGUCUAGUGCUACUACCCGUUGAAUAAGUGGCAUCUAUCCUACCAUUAGUGGCGCCAUCUUUACUACCAGAUCACUUAGUGCAAUCUUCAAGUGAUCGCAAGUGCAAAUCUACAACGAGUAAUGGUGUCUUAUAAUAUCAGUGCGGCGUGGUGUUCAGUUUGUGCGUGAAGUGUAACGUAGUGCAAGAGACAGUGAGUGGAACGGCGGCGGGUUUCAUGGUUACGCGUGACUGCGCUCGUACCUGUUCGUUAGGCUAGAAUUGUUGUGCACGUGCAGUACAGUUAGCGGCGAAAGUGGCUCGAAACGUUUCGAGCCGUCGCCGCCGGCUGCGCCGCGCCGGCCGGCCCCCGACGACCGCGCGGCUCCUGUUAAAUUAUUAUUUAUUUUCAUUAUUUAUUGUUUGACCACGAGCGCGGCCCGGGGCGGCGCCGGCCGGCCGGUACUUAGGUAAAUUAAUAUAGGACGGGCCGUCGCCCGGUGUUGGCGUCUCAUCCAAAGAUAGUCGCGUCGAACCUCGACUGCGGCGGUGACCAGUGGCGUCGCGGUCACUCUGCCUAGUGCUCUAGUUACUACAAGUUGUCGCUGAAAGUGCCCGAUCGCACGACUAGGAAAAUAGUGAUAGCGCGUGUAACCGAUGCAUUUUGUAAUAUUUUUAUCUUGAUAAUAAUCCGAUAUACUUGUAUGUAUUAUAGUUUCUCUGAUGAAUUUUACUUUUACGAGCAACUUUUAGUAAGUAGAUAGGUGAAUGACCAGACGAGAUGUUACCACAAUGGAAUCCAUCAAAUAUCAACUAUUUAUAUAUUAUAUAGAAAAUUUUUAAAAUUGCUAGAUAAGCCGGGUAUACUAGUUUGUUAUAGUUUGAUAUGACACUUGGAGGUCCAAUUUGGCAUGAGAUUAUUUCUCAUUAAAGGGCAUUUCAUUUUCAUUAAUUGAAGUUUCUACUAAAGGAACAACUUCCACUCUGUCUUUCUAUACGUUAAUACUUCCUGAUCUCUCCAUUUGAAAUUAUCAUGAACCUCAUUUUGUGUAGACUAGUACCCAUUUUAUGGUAUUUUUAUGGAGCAGUGAAAAUUAAUUUAACAUUACAAGCUUUGUGUAGUGUAAGAUCAUGUUUGAUAGCCAUUUUAAAGCCCAUCUGUUAAUUUUAUUGUAUCAAUCUCUUAAACUGAAGAAUUUAUGUAUUAUUUUUAACCUUUUAGUGUUUUAGAAUGUUUUUACUCAAUCAUGGCAGGUGAUAUGAUCUGCUUUAACAGCUCAACUACGCAUACAUUUUGUACGGAAUAUUUUUAACAUACAAUUGUUAUUGACAAUUAAGUCCUGGCAUUCUCAUAAACUGCCCUGAAGCUUUAUAGCUCAGAACAGGUAUUGUUAUAUCUUUGCUGAAUUUAAAAAUAUUUUUUUUGACUCAUCCGUUUAUGCGCCGUACACGCCCUAUUUAUUUUGUUUUUAUCAACAUCUCAAAGCAUUCUCAUAGAUGUUAUCAGUAUGUAUGUGUAGUGCGACACUGCAUAGAGUAGUCGAGUCGUAGUUCCGGCGGACAUACGUCACAAGUUAUCUACUGAAGUUUUAAUAUUACUAUUACGUUGUUGUGCUAUGUAUAAUGUAAUAUAUAAUUUUAUUUUACGUUAUUGUAAUAAACCGGUAUGAAUUACCAAAGGAGUUAGCUAUGUGUAGUGUUUUUAGAUAUUUUAACAUCUUUAUUGAAUAGGACUCCACAGACCAUCUCGUUUGACAGGGUUCUCAUUUCGCCAUCGCGUUAUACUACAAAAUACAAAAUAAUCAUCGUUGACAUUCGUUUUACUCAUUAAAGUGUAUUAUUUUUAUAAGAUUUUUACUUCGAAUCCAUGGAACUUUUAUCGUUUUAAUUUCGAGCUUUAUUCGUAUUCGCAAUCACGUAGGUUUACAAAUUAGUGACAAUUAUAUUAGACGAAUUGACCAUUUUGACUUAGCAGCUGGGUAAUUCGUUCAUGUACAGUACAGCGUCCCGAGGGCACAACGGGCAGCGGGCUCGCAGACGGUCUUAUACACAGAAAUGCUAGAUUAUCUUAUGACAAACAAACCUCUGGUUUAAUGCUAUAAUAAGUAACACCAAUAGUUUACGU